GCGGUUGUUUCUUUGAAGGCCUCCUUUUGGCACAGAAUUUUACUCUGUUUUUGUGACCAUGGUUUAUGCAUUUCUUCUCCAAAGCGUUGGUAUAAAAGAGGAAUCGAAUAAAAUAGUCUAUUCAGAAGUGUUUGGUACGGGACUGAAUCUUGAUGUGCCACCCUCUGAUCAAAGGCAAGUGAGAAAGAGACAGCUUAUGAGAAUUGCUGAAAGAGUCAAUUCAGAGUACAGGUUUAAGAAAGCAUGUCAUUUGGAGGCUGUUGAAAGUGAUCCAUCACAUGCUGAAAGACUAACACAGGCUGAAGAAUCUGGAGUAUUUAGAUUGCCAGCUGGAAAAUUCUUGCCUGCAGAAAAGCAUGUUGUCUGGAAAGCAAGUGAUAGUUGCUGCUUUUCUAUGAUUCUUUCGCCCUCUGAAAACAAAGCUCUAGCUGAAAAUGUUUUGAGUUUGAUCAUACGCUAUUUAUUGCAAACAUUCAAACAUUUUGAUCAAACUGAAGAGAUGGCUGUCCAUCCAGAUAAGAUUGCAGCGAUUUUACACAAUUUCUUACCAAACGGACAGCUUGUUUUUAUGAACCAUCGAGUUGUGAAACAACUGGAAAAAGAAUUAUAUCGAAUCAUCAACGACAGCAAGUAAAAACUGGAAGCCAUUUCCGUUCCACUGAAGUAAGGAACUAUUUUACGAAAAGUGGAAAGAUUAAUCUUGUUUAUAUGACUGUAACACAAUAAUAAUGUUGUCCCUUUAGUUUGUUAAAAGAUAUGUAGAGUUUUAUAUUUGAAAAUUAUUGAAUAUUUGGACAGGAAAUGAAUUGUUAUAUAGAAAGAGAUUAUAUCAUUUGUUUAAAAUUAUUAUAACAAAGACGAUAGCAAAGAGCUGGUGUUUAAAAUUUUGUAUAUUGUGCCUAAGAACAUUGCCACUGUUACUAGUUUUCAUGCGUCAAAUUACAAAGUAUUUUGAAUCGAGAGUGUUUUAGGAAAGGAUUCUUUCAUCUUUUGCAUUAUUUCUUCCAGCCUUUCAAUGUCAAGCUCUAUCUCUUUAAAUAUUGUUUAUUCCCUAAUAUUUAUCACCCUUUCGCCUUGUCUGACGGAAGAUGUUUUAGAAAUUAUGUUGCACCUCCAGGGACGCCGGAACGACCAACGGGCAAGGGGAGGCAGGCUUGAGUAAAAGGGCAUUUGAAAAAAUUAUUUCCCAGCUACCAACAAUUCUUUCGUAACUGUCAUUUUGUUUCGAUCUUCUGUCAGUAUCUUAAAAUAAGGCUAAAUUUUGGCAUAAGGAAUUUCUUCACAAGUUUGGAGUAAUGUCGUCAUAAAUAAGACACUACAGUCAGGAUUUCAUAUGAAUCUCAUUGACUUUUUACAAAAGGCCGGCGUCAAAUGCACUUCUAUGAAAAGGGCACUUUAGCCCCCUUGCCCCUCCUAUCAAAAGGCAACAGAGGCGGUUGACCCCCCGUGCCCCCCUCUCCGGCGUCCCUGUGCACCUCUCCCACGUUGACUGUUUUAUGAUAUGGAUAUUUCAAACACAUCUGCCCCGCAAUAUCUUUGUCUGGAUGUGUGGUGGGUUCAAUAUAAACUUGCCAUGUAUAAGCAGUCGCGAGUCCUUUCCAAUGUCACAAUUAAUCCUUGGGUUUUAUUUGCUUUUUGAUAACGUGGCGUGGCUCUUCAGUUUUUGGUUUUGUUUAGUUCACAAGAUUUGCUCCUGCCGAGUUUUCUAAACUGGCAGUAAAGCCCGAGUUGUUUUAGUGGAAAUGGAACUGCGGGUGUUUGGGCCGUUUCAUUUAAGGAUGCAUAUACAUAUCUAAGAGCACCCGAAGAUGUCGCUUAGGUUGUACAUGUCCCAAUAGUGGCCUUGCUAGAAAACUAUUUAGCAAAUUGGGUUUUGACUUUUAGAGGACAUUAAAAUGCUGCAUGUUCAAAAGUUGUGCACUCAAUAUGUGUUUAAUAAAUGGCCUCUCCAGCCAAAAAAAAAAAAUUUUUAUUGACUAAAAAGUUAGCAUCUGGUGCGUGUAUUAUGGCAAAGUCGUUGUUUUUGCAAAAUUCCAAUUAGAUUACAAGUUAUAAGGGUUUAAAGUUGCACCUUUCCGAGAAAAAAAACGAUAAAAGCCAAAUCAAUUUGGUGACAUUCUGACGUCACAGUGUGCGGCUCUCGUUCGUCAGGAAUUUCGUAUAUCUUCCACCGAGUCGUGAAGGAGUCAUGGUCACGCGUUGAUAACUGCAUCUAAAUCUACAACAGGAGCUUUUUAGGAUCGAAAAAUAUUAAAUGUUUACAAUCAUUCUAAGUUUGCGGGUCGGAAUGUGUCCAUGCUGUGUCACGACUUUGUUUUGAUCACCUGUGUAGGCCCACAAAGCUACGGCUUCCUUUUCCAGCUCUUCCUUCGCGUAUAAUUAAUGGAAAUUGACACUUCAGUUGUUCUUCCGAAACGAGGAACAACUAAAGGCUUCAGAGUUGAUAUCUGAAAUGCUCAAACUAAAAGCCGGUGAAACAGAAUAUCAGAAAUUGUAUUUCAAAAUGAGCUGUUUAAUUUAGACUUGGAAUGCUCUGCUGAUAAGCUUUUGCUUGUGUAUCCCGCAACUGGCCCAACUGUUUGCAUGCCAGAAAAGUCGUUUCCAGUGCUGCACGUGCAACAAUGAAACGCAGGCAGAUAAACGCCUUAAAAACAGGGGCUCACAUGCGCCACUUUCCCAGAAUGAAUCGCCAACAAGUAAAAGUUGAAGGAACGGCCCGGGGUGCGAUGAUAUCCCAACAUCCCUUGCCAGUUCACUACUACACUUAUUUGCUUUUUCUCACAAAGGCUGCCGAUUGAAGCGAUGCAUUGAAGCGAUGUAACUAACAGGACCCGCGCCACAGGGGGGAGGGACAGAUGGGCCAUGGCCUCCCCACUUUUCCGCUAAAUGAAUUAUUAAGAUCAGCCAUCUCCAAUUUAGAAUCGGUGGUGCAGGCUCUGAUCAGGAUUACUAACGAACAUCAGAAAUUUUUUGUGUCACGAUAUUUUUCAAAAUACCCCUUCAGUUCAAAUUCGAUUUUUUUAUCACAAGCAAUAACGAAAAUAAACUCACUAAAAAUAUUGCAAAAUUUGUGAUAAAUUUUCUAGCCAUCGAAAAUGGAUCUCUGCACCCCUGUAAAGAAAGUCAACUUCCAUUUUUGUGCUUCUGUUCAGUUCUAGUUAUUUCUGUGGAUAAUUCCUUCUUUCUUUUCCCUCACUUUUGAAUUAAUUACUUAAGCUAUUUGUACCCUGUUUUGUGUUAUAAAUUCUAAAAAAAGCUUCUUUAUACUGUUUCAUUGAUAAAUUAAUAAGUGACAAGCUUAGCAAUAUGUUUAGUUACUUAGUGAUCUAAUUCAGACCUUAGAGUACUUGGCUCGAAAACUUUCAUGGUUCUUCUCAGGCCCUCUCAGUGUCCUAGACAACAUAUUUUUUGUCUAACUAACGUAUUUUAAAUGAAUCUAUUUCUCAUGUACAACUGCAGCAUCUUCAUGUUCCUGUUCAUGUUCAUCUUCAAUAUAUUGUAAUUAAUGUUGUUGAAUUGAGUGGAAUUUAAAUCCUGCUUGCUCAUGGGCUUCGACACAGGUUGGAGGGAGGGGGCAGGGCAUGGGGAAAAUUCAACAUCCAUGGCUAUGCCCCCUUCAUCUGAGGCCCUGUUGCUUGCUAUUUUGUAUUAAAGGUAAUGUGUCCAUAUAAAAGGACUGCGUAUACCCAACUUGUCAAGCCACCCAUCAAAAUAACAGUUUGCGAUUGGUUAGUAUUCUUGCGAUGCAAAACUGCUCACAUGAAAAGCUGACCUCGCAGCAGUAUAGAUAAACAAAACGACCGUAAUGGCUGGGGCGAUGACAUGAAAAUCACAUGUUUCUAAAAACCCCCGCAGAGUCGCUUGCUUUAGCUGGACACAUUACCUUCUAAUGUAAUUACUUUUUGUGAAAAUGGGGCCCCUAUGGCUAUUCUACCACUAGCUGGCAUGCGGAGCCUCGUUACAUUGAAAUAUUUUAUAAUAUGUACUGAUGAAUUGUACUUAUGAUGAUGAUGAUGAUGAUUAAGACAAAGAUUUGAGGUGAACGGCGAAAUUGAGACUCACAGUUGCGCAACAUGGAGUCUGGGAUUUUGUUUUUCCACUGCCGUAUGUUUUUCCUAUCUCCACAUGAAUGUGUCACAUUUCAUCAAUCAUGCGUCAACAACCAACCUACUGUCCUAUCAACAGUGGAUAUAUUUAUACUAAACUGUGCUGUUCUUUUCUCAAUAACAAAAUAAAAAUCACUUUACCAGUCAGUAUUGUGUUCUCCAAGAACAUCGACCAGCAAACAGACGAAUUUCUGAUUUUGAAAAUGAUGUGAUAUUCACCAGGAAGUAGGUUCUUUUCCAUCGAGGUCUUCACGUGAGGCCAACUUUAUCUUCAGAGCGUCGAGCUGGUGUUUUGGUCUUGUCUCCACGGAGCAUGGAUCCGGACCAGGCCCAAGAUGAGCCAUCUACAUACAGAGGGCGCACUGUUUCGGAUUUGGCCCACAUGUUUGAGUCGAAAGUUAGAG